AUGGACGUGGAAUGGAGUCCCCUUAGAGGCCACUUGUGGCCAUUGAUAUGGAAAUGGAGCCCCCUUGAACCUGGAGGCCCCUUGUGGCCAUUGAUGUGGAAAUGGAGCCCCCUUGAACUUAGAGGCCAUUUGUGGCCAUUGAUGUGGGAAUGGAGCCCCCUUGAACUUAGAGGCCACUUGUGGCCAUUGGUACAGAAAUGGAGCCCCCUUAGAGGCCACUUGUGGCCAUUGAUAUGGAAAUGGAGCCCCCUUAGAGGCCACUUGUGGCCAUUGGUACAGAAAUGGAGUCCCCUUAGAGGCCACUUGUGGUCAUUGGUACAGAAAUGGAGCCCCCUUGAACUUAGAGGCCACUUGUGGCCAUUGAUAUGGAAAUGGAGUCCCCUUAGAGGCCACUUGUGGCCAUUGGUGUGGAAAUGGAGCCCCCUUGAACCUGGAGGCCACUUGUGGCCAUUGAUACAGAAAUGGAGCCCCCUUAGAGGCCACUUGUGGCCAUUGGUACAGAAAUGGAGCCCCCUUGAACUUAGAGGCCACUUGUGGCCAUUGGUGUGGAAAUGGAGCCCCCUUGAACCUGGAGGCCACUUGUGGCCAUUGGUACAGAAAUGGAGCCCCCUUGAUCUUAGAGGCCACUUGUGGCCAUUGGUGUGGAAAUGGAGCCCCCUUGAAUUUAGAGGCCACUUGUGGCCAUUGGUACAAAAAUGGAGCCCCCUUGAAUUUAGAGGCCACUUGUGGCCAUGGAUGUGGAAAUGGAGUCCCCUUGAACUUAGAGGCCACUUGUGGCCAUUGAUAUGGAAAUGGAGUCCCCUUAGAGGCCACUUGUGGCCGUUGGUGUGGAAAUGGAGCCCCCUUGAACCUGGAGGCCACUUGUGGCCAUUGGUACAGAAAUGGAGCCCCCUUGAACUUAGAGGCCACUUGUGGCCAUUGGUACAGAAAUGGAGCCCCCUUGAACCUGGAGGCCACUUGUGGCCAUUGGUACAGAAAUGGAGCCCCCUUGAACCUGGAGGCCACUUGUGGCCAUUGGUGUGGAAAUGGAGUCGUGAUGUGAAUACGUGA